AUGAAGAGCCCCCGAACUUUUGAGGAGCAAACAGAAUGCAUAGUGGAUUCUCUCCUCGCUGACUUCUUAGGCCCCGCUUGGCAGGUUGGUAACCGGACCUUACAAAGUGAAGACAGAACAGAUUCAGGGGACGUUUCCUCUUUUGAUGUGGCCAUCAUUGCGGGUCGCCUUCGGAUGCUGGGUGACAAAUUCAAUGGAGAAUUGGAAGCUUCUGCCAAAAAUGUCAUCGCAGAAACCAUUCGGGGACAGGCAGGAACUGUACUUCAGAACACAGUAAAAUCGCUCAGCAAUGCCUGGUGUGCCCAAGAUUCCAGCUUGGCUUACGAGAGAGCCUUUCUGGCAGUGUCAGUGAAACUUCUUGAACGUGUGGCCAGCAUGGCUCCUGAGGUGGCAAGACAGGUGGCGAGGCCCAUGACGAAUAUGAUCAAUAGCAACACUGCCAUCCGAGAAUACAUCCAGGGCCAGGGAGGAUGGGAAAAUCUGGAGGGCUGA